CUCAAUCUGCAACAUCUGAGGUGAGCUCUUUUUCUCACUCUCUCUACUUUCUUUACAUCUUGGAAUUCUUUGAUUUGAAUGUUUGAUUUUGAAAACUUGGGCUAAUAAAUUUAAAAUAAGCAUUAUUUAUGAAGACAUAGAUUGUGAUAGUUAAAAUUAUGAUUAGAUGGAUACGAAGAAUGUAGACAUUGACGAUCAUGCUUCUUGGCCUGAGGCUAUUGAAUCACAUUUUAUUUGUCUUCUAUAUGAAGAGGCCAAAAAAGGAUUACAAACAACAACCUUGGACAAAAAAGGAUGGCUAAAAAUAGAAAAUGACAUAUUUAAUUCAUUUGGAAAGAGAUAUAAAAUGCCUCAAUUGAAAUCCAAAUUCAAUCGGUUGAGAAAGGCACAUCGAGAAUUUUCUCAUCUUUUGGAACAAACUGGUAUGGGAUGGGAUCCUCAAACAAAUACUGUUACAGCAAGUGACGAAGUAUGGGAUACUUAUCUAAAGAAAUAUCCAAAUGCGAAGAGAUUUCGAAAAAAAGGAUUGCAACAUUAUGAGAUGCUUGGAGAAAUAUUCAAUAAUACAACAGCCAGUGAUGGUAUGAGUUAUGCCUCCACUCAACUUCCGCCUUCUUUAGUUGAGGAAUGCCAACAAGAGUGCCAUUUUGUUGGCACUGGAGCACAUGUUGAUGUACCUAAGAUGGAUGAUUCGGAUGAGGAGUUUGAAAUAUUAUUUGGUGAAACUUCAUCUUCAUCAAGCGAGGAACUAAUUGGUCAAGUUCUCAUGGCUAAUAGAAUACAUGAGAUGCAAAAAUCUGAAUAG